GGAGAGAGGAAGAAGAAGACGAGGAAGAAGAGGAGCGCUUCGGAGUGGCUUCAAAUUGAGGAGCUGGGAAAAAGUGGUUGCGUUUGGGGCAAACCAGCUGGUCCGGAUGAAAGUGGCAGGCUCCGGAACCGGAACCAGCAGCAUUGGGUUGUCAAGUGCUGUUUGAGAGCAAGUGAGAAGGUGUGAGUGAGUGCGUGAGGUGGUGAGGGCCCUCCCCCCUCCUCAGCCUCAGCCAGUGCAAAAGUGGUGCUACGAUCAACGGAUCGGAAGUAGCCAGCUGGGACUCGAAGGAAUACCACCCCCGCGUGAAGGAGAAUCCCUGCUGCGAUUUUCUGGUUCAGCCCGCCGUGGAUGGUGUAAGCAUCGAUCGUCGGUACGACGAGCCAUCCCAUGAGAAGCGAUUGAAUUAGUUGAUAGAUGUGGGGGUGACAUCGAGAUGGGCCAGGGGCUCGAACCGUUAACCGCAGAUCUUUGUCUGUCCUCCCGGUCGCAGCCCCCCCAGCUUCCGUCUCGUGCUGAAUUCUUCGAGCAAUCGAAGAAGAGGAACGUGUCCGGAGCAUCACCAGUUACAACUACCAGCGAGGCAGCAGCACAACUACAACCACUUCUUCUAGCCCGACGACGGAAACCACUUCCGGCGGGGCAGCAGCAGCGGCAGCGGUCAACGAGGUGGCAUCAACCGGCCACCUUGACAGCUUCCGGCCGGCGGAUCGGUACACGUGUCACCGUGUCAACGAGACCCACCGGGACGACGACUACGACCUGUCAGCGGAGGUGGUGGUGGCCACAGCAAGGGCAGCAGGGCGACACCCGGUCUACUCUAUCUUUAAUGCUACCAGAUUUCCCUUCUAAUGCAAACACGAUGGAGUUCGGCUAGAUCCCCACGCUCUCUCUCAAAUGUGUCUGCAACAACAGCCUACAUCAACAACAUAGUGUCUCUCCCGAGAACACUACAAAACAACAACAACCGUAAAUCAACAACAUCACUACUACUGGCAGCACAACAACAACAACAACAACAACAGCAACAACACUUUCAAAUAAACCGUCUGCCCUCCGGCGGCCAUGGAACCGCCUGGUGUCCUCUCACAACAACAACAACAACAGUCUCCGUCAACAGCAGUUCAGGCACGUGGUGAUGGGGAACGAUUCCUGCCGCAGCAGCACAGUCUACAACAGUUCAGCAACCCCCGGUCGCCGCCUCCUACGACCGUAACGUCAACGAUGGCCGCAGCUUCGGUGCAGCAGAUUCCGGCGGCGGCGGCGACGUCGCAGCAGCCGCACCACAACCGGCUCCAGCUGAGCACGUCCCUGUCGGCGUCGCACUCGGCCGGAAGUCACCAGUCGCUGCUGACGACGAGCCCCUCGGCCAACAAUCAGCUCGGCGGUGGUGGUGGUGGUGGUGGAAAUGUCCAGACCGGGAUCGAGCGGCUGUCGCGGCCGAUGGCGUUCGAUAAGAUGGAGGGGCUGGUGCGCGAGAUGCAGGAUCCGGAGGCGGGCGUUCCCGUGCGCAGUCAGAAACUUUUUCUCACCUCGAUUCCUUCCGCUUUCAUGGGUUACGACCUGAUCGAGUGGCUGAUGGAGCGGCUCGGCAUCGAGGAGUCCGAAGCUCUGAACAUCAGCAACCAGCUGUGCAUGCACGGGUACUUUUUCCCCGUUUCGGACACCAAGACGCUGGUCGUGAAGGACGACUCGUCGCUGUACCGCUUCCAGACGCCGUACUACUGGCCCUGGCAGCAGAAGGCGCCGGACCAGAUCGAGUACGCGAUCUACCUGGCGAAGCGCUCCCUCCGGAACAAGCAGCGCCACGGGCUGGAGGACUACGAGGCGGAAGCGCUGGCCAGUUUGCACAAGAACCUGAAGGGCAAGUGGGACUUUAUCACGAUGCAGGCGGAGGAGCAGGUCCGGCUGGCGAAGGAGCGCAAGAAGGGCGACAAGAUCGUGGGAGAUUCGCAGGAGCGAGCCUACUGGCGCGUUCACCGGCCUCCCCCGGGUCAGUUCACCCCGCUGGAGUCGUGCCCGAUUCCGUCGCGCGAUCGCCAAGGCAAACCCCGCAAGCGCACCGUCGAGGACUGGCAGCGCGAGGUGGAAAUCCUGAAGGCGUCCCUCGGCCGGAACCGGGUCAAGAUGUCGCAGGCGUGCGAGUGCAACGUCGCCUACUACGAAACGUUCAGCGAGUACGACCCGAUGAUGAACCCACCGCUGCCGUCGAACCCGUGGGUCACCGAGGACGUCAGCUUCUGGCAGAUGAACGGUCCGGUUGUGGAGGUUCCGACGGAGAAGCGCGUCAAGCGGUGGGGCAUCUCGAUCGAGGAGGUGGUGUCAGACCCAACCGGGCUGCAGGAGUUUACCGCGUAUCUGAAGAAGGAGUACUCGCACGAGAACAUCCGGUUCUGGAUGGCGGUGAACGAUCUGCGGCGGUCGUCGCAUUCGCAGAUCUUCCGGAAGGUCAAGGAGAUUUACGAGGAAUUCCUCGAGCCGGGCGCCCCCUGCGAGAUCAACAUCGACGGCAAAACAAUGGAGAAGGUGCAGCAGGGCCUCAAGAACCCGUCCCGGUUCGCGUUCGACCUCGCCGCCGAGCACAUCUACAUGCUGCUGCUGAAGAAGGACUGCUACCCGCGGUUCGUCCGGUCCGAGCACUACAAAACGCUGAUGGCGAACGCGAUCCAGCCGUCGCACAAGAAGCGCUUCUUCGGCUUCGGCGGCGGUGCCAAGAAGAAGGGCUCGACGGCGACCGCACCCAACCCGUCGCUGUUGACGCAGCCCUCCGGUCCGACCUCCGGCAACAUCAACAGUCUGUCCAAGCGACGCGGCAGCGAUCGCAGCUUGUCCGGAUCGGCCCACGAGCUGGCCGUGUGCGGGGUCAAGGACGCUACCAAAGUGCCACACUCUCAUAGCCAAAGCAAUCUCAGCGACAUCCCGUACAGUGUGGCCAUCUACCGCGGGGACAUGCCGUACGGGGGACAGCCGGCGGCGGCCGGGGCAGGACACGAACAGAGAUUCGGAAAGCAGGAAGUCACCGGCAAGACGCUGAGCACGACGCUCGAGGUGACGCUGGAGUCCGCAGGAGGCAGCAGCGCGGUUUGUCCCUGGGACAGCCCGACGGCGACGGCGGCGAAGCCACCCGAGAAGGAGUCCACCGUGUCGGUGUCCGUGUGCCCGUGGGACGACGGAGACGUCAAACUGCCGUCGGAAAGCAAACCGAAACCACCGGCGUCCGACAUCAGCGAGGUGUCGGAGCGCAUGAAGCGGUCCUGCGGCUUGCGCCAGAACACCCUGGACGGCGACUUCCACAGCACCAAGCGGCUCGCUCCGGUGGUGACCGAACAGCGGCGAGCGUCCAUGACGAUGGCUCCCAGACUCUCCGACCUGCAAUUCUCCCUGCGCGCCAACUCGGGCGGCGAAUCACCACCGGGACCGCCGGUCCUGCAGCAGCAGCGCUCGUUCGACCAUCCGCGGAACGUUUCCCAGAGCUCGCUGUCGACGAGUUUCGAAGAGCGGGAGGAUUCGAGCGCGACGCCCACCGCCUCGGACGAGAAUCUGGCACGGCAGAAGAAGGAAAGCAUCUCCGAACUGGAGGAACCAGCGGAAGAGCAGGCGGCGGCAGUCGGUGCUAGGGCUAGUGAUGUUGGGGAAACUACGAGAACCGAUGUAGAAAUGAACACAAACAUUACACGUGCAAGUGAGCAGUGCACGUGCCAGGUGGCCACGCAAACCAGAACAAACAUUACACCAGUGGGUGGUGGUGAAGUGGUGAACAAGUCCCGGGCGGUGACGCCGGGAAGUGAGGGUCAGGGAUUGUGCGUCGAAGCUGGAGCUCAACGAAGGGGAAGUGUCUGCGAGCAGCAGCCGCAGCAGCCUCCUACGAUUAGUGUUUGCUUUGCCAAUUCGGAAGCCGAAGAGGAGGAUCGCCGGAGGAGGCGAUCGCUGGGGAACACCGGGGACCGCUCGCUCGAUGAAGAUCACGGGGAAGCGGAAGAGGUGUACUUCACCAGUGAGGAAGCGGACGACGAUGCCGGAAGCAUGGGAUACACGCGACUUCCGGAUCCGCCGGCACCGCAAGACAUGUCUCCCCUGGCGGAGGACGACAACUUCUCGGAGUCCUUCUCCCAGCCGAACCAGUCCUCGCUGGAGCAGGUCGAGUACGACAUCAUGAUGGACGGUGACAACCUGGCGCCCGGGUGCGUCGCUCCGGCUCCAACUCCAGCCCCGUCCAUCGCUCCGCUUGCGGAAGUCGAGAUGGACCCCGGGGACGAUGAGCAGGAAACGACGGCGUCGGAUCAUACGGAAACCGCCGUGACGGUGCACGUGACGACCCGCGAACGCCAGGAACAGGAACCGGAAGCGUCCGCCGGCGCAACGGUGGUCAUCAUCGAGGACCAGGUCAAGCGCCGGAAGCGGAAGGAGCGCAAAGAACGCGGGGAGAAGGAGGCGGUGCAGCAACAGCGAAGCGAAGAGGAGAACAGCGAGAAGAAGGGCAACGCCGUGUGCCCCUGGGAUGACGAAGAUGAAUCGGCCGCGGACGAAGCUCCGUACGUCAAGACGUACUCCACGCUUGGUUAUCUGUAAACGACGUAAAUUUUACACAACAUUUCGUGUUUGGUGCGAGCGCUCAACAGUUUGCGGCAGCAGCAGCAGUAGGCUUUGGAAAGAUGGUUCAAAACAAAGAUGAGAAGUUAGCUGCGCAACGCGACGCACGUCGCGUUGACAGCUGUCAAAAGUGACAGUUUUAGUGCGGGAUUGAGAAAUGUUGAAAGUAAGAGAAAAUGCGAUUAAAUUUCCGCCGGGAUUACGCUCCAUGCCCUAGGACUAAUCGUGGGGUGAAAUUUAUCUAUAAACAAAGCACACGCAAUGACAGUUCUCUGGAAGCGAGAACAAAAACAGAACAGUUGGCCGUGAGAUCGGAAGGGAUCAGAAAGAGAGCGGUCCAGAAGCGAUGUUGACGCAUCCAAGAGCCCCGAAUCUUGUAACAACAACAACAGAAAUCAAAAUGCGUCAACCUUUUUGAACAACAUAACCUUCAACGACCAUUCGCUCUUUCCGACCUUUUCCUCUAGUUUAGUUAAGAAAUUUGAGAAGAAAUGGGUAGAUUUUCAUCUGAGUUUUCAAUGCACAUGAUUAUUUCGAUACCUCAAAAUGUGUACUUUGACAACAAAAACAAAAUGGUGACAAUGUAAACAAGUGCGCAUUUGACAGCUAGCAUGGUGGAACAAAAUAUAAACAUUAAUUUGGAAAGGGUAUACUCUCCCUUUCGUAAACAUAUGAUUAAUCAAAACAAAGCACAUAAUAAAGUAAUCAUCAUAUAGCCGAAAAUGUCACUAAAUAGUUACUGGGAAGUACUGAAUGUUAGCACGUAAGCGACUUUAUUGGCUAGAAUGCAACGUGACGUGGUUUUCUUGAGUGCAUCGACAACUUGGGGAAAAUACAAACAAAGAAAACACGAUUUGUCUUGCGAGGCAAACCUAAAAUUAAACGCAAAAGUCAGGAAAUAAAGUAAACUGUUCCUGUGAAAGUACUUGGAACGUAAAUUUUACAUCAUACACACGUAAAAAAACGCGUACAUUCUACGCACUUCUAUCGUAUCGCAUUUUUUGGGGGUAAAACUAUAUAUAUGAAAGUAUUGUACGAUCAGUUCCUAGCUGGACUCGGUCACAGGAAACGACCGGCGACUCAGUGACCGACGAAAUAGGCGGCGGGCCAGAUGCGGGCAUAAAAUUGUCAAAAUCUCUUCCCCCCUCACUUCGUCUCACCAUCCAGCUGCAGCUUUGUUGACAAACAAACGGAGCACGCGGUCGCAUGAUGGCGGCAUCGAGCCAGAAUUAGGGGUGAUCAUGUGAUUAAAAAUGAAAGUUUUUUCAAGAAAAAUAAUAUUUUUCCGACCGAAUAAAAAAAUUGCGAGCAUGUUCAAACAAUUAUUCUGAUGUCGGAGAAGUGAUAAAAAAGCAAAAUUAUAAUCCAUAAUUUUUCUAUAAAUCGAAUUUUUUCACUCCAACUGGGAACCCCUAGGUCUAUCCACGACCGUUUCCAAUGACCGUGAGAAGAUGCCAGAAAAUCCAGCUACGAGCUAAAUCCACAAUAUCGACGUACAAGUAUUCGUAACCACUUUAUUGGAACAGAACAUAACCUAGCGGUAAACAGUGAAUGGUAAUAUAAAGUCUAAGUAUUGCUUCUGUUCUAGGUUAAGAAGUACUAAAAUUCAUUCAUGUCAUAAUAUAUUGAAGUAACACACACUAACAAAAUAGCUGCAUACUAGCAACACUGGAAAGCAUAACAAACAUCUACACACACUCACAAAGCGUCACGUCAAAACAAGAUGCUCGAAAACUUGGUGAAAAUUUUCUAGGUGAAUGCAACCAAAGCAAGAAACGUCAAAGUGUAAGUGAUUAGUGAUUUGAGGAGAACUGUCAUCGCGAAAUGCUUAGAAAUCAAAUGUGACAUUUAAACGGUAUCGUUAGUUGAUAGUUUUGGAAGCUGUCAAAACUGAACAGUCAACCUUGAACUGUCAACGUAUCGUUUCAUAACUGUCUAAAAACAAGAGAAAGUUAAAUUGAAAGUGGGGAAUCCCGCGCAAAAGUGUUCACCUUUGACAGCUGUCAAAGUGACGUUCGCCGGUGGACGCGCGUGCGCGCUUCUGGGGAACGAUUUUUGACAGCAACGUGAUGAAGCACGAGGCUCCGAGAAGGUAAAGCGGGCACGAAACGAGCCGUUAUAUUUGAAUGUAUUUGACAAACUUAAUUGUUUAACUGGGCGGAGUUUAGAGAAGAGGCAAAGAUGUUACAAAACAAAAAUGAGUGAUUUUUACCGUGCAAAGAAGAUGAUGAAGAAGAAGAAAAUUCAAUGCAGAUAGUAUUCAUGUACAUGGUUGUUGUUUUAGCUAUACAACUAUAAAAAGAAGCUAUUCUCUCUCUAUUGAACAAAACAAAAUCUUGCAAAAUUAUUAACAAAUAAAUAAAAAAAUCUAUAAUCGAAGUAAUUAUGAGAAAGUCAAAACAAACAAAAAAAACGUGAUUUGACAAAAUCGAAGAUAAAUCAACAUUAUCAAAAGAACAAAAGCCACCGGUUAGAAAAAAAAUCUCCAAUUAUAUUUGUCCCUCUUACUCUUGGAAAACAAAAAUGAGAAUAUAACAUAAACAUUAACAAUCUUGAAAUUGAAUAACAAACCAGAUAGACGAAAUACCAAUCAAACAGCAUCUUUUAACGGGUAUAAACAAAUAAGUGAAAGAUAAAAUUUGUUGAAAUCUUGGAAAAAUCUGAGUUUUUUUAAAGGUCACGCAAAACUGAGUGCGCAUAUCAGCAUUUCUUAAAAACUCAAACUUUUUUUAAAGCAUUUUUCAAACAAAAAGCACAUCUCAAAUGCAGCCAGAAACAAAGUUUUAAAAUGCACCCGUGACAAUUUACCGUCAAAAACAUGAAUCUGGUUGUAAAUAUCACCCUAACCUUUUUUAAGUUAUCUUCUACCAACGCAUAAAUCACCACCCCAACUCAAGAAACACACAUACACAAACAAAAAAACAAAACAAUGCCGCUUUUCCUAUUAGUGAGAGAAAUCAGCCCAAAAUAGCAAAACAAAAAAAAUCGCUAAUGAAUAAUAAGUAUUAGAAAUCAGUACAGAAAUAUAUAUUAAAGAUGAUCUGCAAGGUGAAGAAAAACAAAAUGAUACAACGCGAAAGUUUAUUAAAUUUUAUCGCUAUUAAAAAUGUAGUCUAGUGAGAGAGAAAAAAGCAAAAAAUUAAAAACAAAAAAAAAACAACUCGUCGGUGAAAUUUAGACAUUUGACUUGACUAUACCUAGUGAUUACAGAAACAAAAACCAACUUUAAAGUAAUAUUACUAACAGAAGAAAAGAAACUAGUUGAACAAAACAAAAAAAACCGUAAUUAAACAAAAAUGCCAGUUAAUGUGCCGCUGUAU